AUGUACAACGGGGCCACGAGUAAGGCAGCGAGGAGCGUGUUACGGAGUUCCAGUAUAAGCGGAGAGAUGUACGACAUGGAAAAGAGCAGUGGCAGCCAGCAAGAACCAGUGGCGGAUAAUGCCAUUAAGAAGAGGCGGUCCAGUCUUGGUGCGAAAAUGGUCGCCAUCGUCGGACUGUCACAAUGGAGCAAAAGUACAACACAACUUAACCAGACUGAGGCAGCCACAAAGAAAUUACGAAGCAACAUUCGGAGAAGCACCGAGACAGGAAUCGCAGUGGAAAUGAGAAACCGAGUAACUCGACAAGGCAGCAGAGAGUCGACAGACGGCAGCACCAACAGUAACAGCUCAGAUGGCAAUUUGGUUUUUCCUACAGCAAGGUUGGGAGCAGAUGGUCAGUUCAGUGAUUUUUUGGAUGGAAUUGGCCCCGCACAGCUAGUGGGACGACAGACAUUGGCAGCUCCUUCCAUGGGUGACAUUCACAUUGGCAUGGCCGAUCGCAGUGGGCAGCUGGAGGUAGAAAUAAUUCAGGCCAGGGGACUGACCCCUAAACCUGGUACUAAAGCUUUGCCAGCCCCAUAUAUUAAGGUGUACCUCCUGGAGAGCGGUGUGUGUAUAGCAAAGAGGAAAACCAAGUUAUCAAAGAAGUCUCUGGAUCCCGUAUACCAACAAGCCUUGCUGUUCGAUGAGGGCCCACAAGGAAAGGUUUUACAGGUCAUAGUAUGGGGUGAUUAUGGUCGUAUGGACCACAAGUAUUUCAUGGGAAUGGCCCAAAUCCUAUUGGAAGAGCUCGACCUGUCGACCCUGGUUACUGGCUGGUACAAACUCUUCCCGUCUUCAUCUCUUGUGGACUCGACAGUGGCUCCUAUCACUCGCCGUCUCUCUCAGUCCUCGCUGGACAGCAGCACAGGGCCUGCUGGCCACUAA